CUUCAAAAUGGGGACGAAUGUGGAGGAAACUAUUGAAGAGUCUCGUUUGAGAGAAAAUGCGCCUUGCUUGUUAUCUAAACGAUGGCUGCUGGCCUAUAUCGCCUUCAUCUCCUUCAUGUUUGUCUACGGCGUCAGGACCGACAUCAGCGUCGCCAUAGUCUGCAUGGUCAUUGACAACAAGACAGCAUCAACUGCCAACAUCUCCGACCCAACGUGCGUUGCCAACGCCAAUGCCUCGCAGGGUUAUGACAGGGCGGAGUUCCAUUGGAACAAGGGAGAACAAUCCGGCCUUUUGUCAGCUUUCUAUUACGGUUAUAUCUUUGCCCAAAUCCCCGCUGGAUGGCUUGCCGGAAGGUUUGGGGGCAAAUAUGUGCUUGGAGUUGGUUGGACCAUUGCUGCCAUAGCUACCCUGUUGACUCCAGUAGGGGCUAGGGAGAGCAUAUAUAUUGUGUACGCACUGAGGGUAAUCGUUGGAUUCUUUUCGGGCGUGUCUUAUCCAGCGAUGCAGUCAAUGUGGGGAAGAUGGGCCCCGCCCAUGGAAAGAAGUAAACUCAUCUCCCUGACCUUCUCGGGGUCUUUUGUUGGAAACAUUUUGACGUUUGUGAUAUCUGGUUAUCUGUGUGCUGAAGGAUUUGACAAUGGAUGGGGAUCUAUAUUUUACGUGAUAGGGGCAGCUAACCUACUGUGGGUGAUUGUGUGGUUCAUCUUCGUGUCCGACAGUCCAUCAGACCACUCCUCCAUCACUGACGAAGAGCGCGAGUACAUCGUUAAGAGCAUUGGCGACACCACAAAACGGGUAACAUCUACUCCUUGGCGGGAGAUAGCAACAUCACGACCUCUCUACGUUUGUGUCUUGUCCCACGUCUGUUUCAACUGGUUGUUGUACACCAUCAUGGCGGAGGUACCCACCUUCCUGAAAAAAGUUCUCCUCUUCGAUGUGAAAUCGAACGGCCUGCUGUCGUCUGCUCCCUUCAUGGCCAUGGCCGUUACGUCACUAGGUGGUGGUCAGGUUGCUGACUUCCUGCGUACACACUAUCUGAGCACCAAGGUCACCCGGAGAGGGGCUCAAGCUCUUGCCUUCUUUGGCGCCAGUGGGUGCUUGUUAGGGACCGGCUUUGUGACUUGCAGCAACAGGUACGUCGGCGUCAUCCUCCUAUGUGUCGCCGUCGGCUUCAUGGGACUCUGCAACUCUGGUUUCAUGGUCAACGUCGUCGACUUCGCCCCCAGAUAUGCUGGGGUACUUUUCGGAAUAUCCAACCUGUUUGCCACAAUACCCGGAAUGACGGCGCCGCUGGCUGUUGGGGCGUUUACACCAAACGACACACAGGAGGAAUGGCAGACGGUGUUUUACAUCUGUACAGGAUUCGGUCUUGUCGGGGCCCUCGUUUUCACUUUUUUCUCUGAGUUCGAAGUUCAACCGUGGGCACGUGAGAACGUUGAACUUGACCUUCACGACAUGGGUAUGGACGACAAUCCAAAGAAAAUGAAAAACGGUGAUGCGACAAAGUCUGGAGUUCAAAACGAAGGAUUUGUGGAGAAUGGAACGACAUAAUCGCCUUAAAUGAUAGCAAAAACAUUAUUUCCAAUGAAACCCUGACAAUCCGGUCGGUAACGUUUCCUGUUUAUUUGACCCCGUUAACAUUGCUGGGUAUUUAUAAUCCAGUUACCUAAAUAUACAAGUUCCGGAUUGUCGAGGUUUCAUUGUGCUGUAUUUCGAUGACAUACCUGAAGAACUACAGUGAACUUGUUUGUAACGAACACGCUUAUUACGAAGUAACGGAUAUAACGAACUGAUCUUUGUCCCGGCCCCUUGCCGUGUCGAAAUACGUAUAACGAACUACUGUUAUAAUACACUUAAAUUAGUGGUCCGUUUGAGAUCGUUAUGACGUUACUUUACUGUAUGACAAAAGUGGCCGUGACGACCGUGUUCCCCCGACCAAGCGCACACGUUGUAGAUGUUUUGAAAGUUUAAUGAAUUAAUCGCUCUGUAAUACAUCUGGCGAUUGGCUGAGAUUUUGCAACGGUCCGUAAUCGUUACAACACGCCUUUAUGGGCAAAGAUGUCGCCGCAUUAAAUUUUUGAAAAUA